AUCUCAACUUCGGCGGGUCGGACAUGUUCAGUUCACCUGUCCGCUGUCAUCAGGGCUCGGCGAUAAUCCCGUUUGAUGUGUCCGUGAAGAGUGUUUUGCUGUGGAAAUCAGUGGCCGCGAAGAACACGGACGUCCCAUCCUAUGGGUUCGGAAGUAUCCCAGUGCCGCCGCGAGUGUGGAAAUUGAAGGGAAAACCUUAGAGAUUUGUGCAGGCCCAGGCCAGGCCCGACCAUUCGUACGUUCGUCAGGGUGUAUAUCGAGAGUAGUUUUUCGAUACACCGAUAGAGGCGAGAACGAGCCGCGCGAUAAAAGUGUCGAAAAGAGUACGAGAGAGAGUCCACCCUUCGGGCGGGACUGAAGGGCUCCUCGGGUAACCACCUAUCCGCAUUUGUGGUUGUGGUGAGUGUGUGGGAUAUCAUGAAUGCUCUGAAGGUGUGAGGUGGUACGGACACGACGACAGCCACGGUGGCGACGGGCCCGGAGUGCGGCCCCGGGGCCGCCGAGAAGGGCGCCGGUUGCUGGUGGUCCUCCCUGGCGGCCAUGGGCUGCUUCGGAAAUAGAGACACGCCGGCCGGCGGCGCCGACGACAGUCGCUCCCAGAAGCGCAUUAGCGAUCAGAUCAACAGGCAACUGCAGAAAGACAAGCAGGUGUAUAGAGCCACCCAUCGGUUGCUGCUGCUCGGAGCUGGCGAGUCCGGCAAGUCUACCAUAGUCAAACAAAUGCGGAUCCUGCACGUAAACGGAUUCAGCGAUCGCGAGAAGCACCAGAAGAUCGAAGACAUCAAAAAGAACAUCCGCGAUGCCAUCAUUACAAUAUCUGGAGCGAUGUCGACGCUGUCUCCACCUGUUCAGCUACAGCAUCCGGAAAAUCAAGCUCGCGUUGACUGGAUCCAGGAUUGCGCGACAGGCCCGGAUUUCGACUAUCCUCAAGAGUUCUACGAGAACACAGAGGCUCUGUGGAAAGACAAAGGAAUUCAAACUACAUACGAGCGGAGUAACGAGUACCAGCUGAUAGACUGUGCCAAGUACUUUCUGGACCAGGUGCACAUCAUUAAACAGUCGGACUACACACCGACCGAACAGGAUAUCCUCAGGUGCCGUGUCCUGACCAGCGGCAUCUUCGAGACGCGCUUCCAAGUCGACAAAGUCAACUUCCAUAUGUUCGACGUGGGCGGCCAGAGGGACGAGAGACGCAAGUGGAUCCAGUGUUUCAACGAUGUGACAGCCAUCAUCUUUGUGACGGCGUGCAGCUCUUACAAUAUGGUGUUACGGGAGGACCCAUCUCAGAACAGGCUGCGGGAGAGUCUUGAGCUUUUCAAGUCCAUCUGGAACAACAGGUGGCUCCGCACCAUUUCCGUCAUCCUCUUCCUUAAUAAGCAGGAUCUGCUAGCGGAGAAGAUACUCGCCGGAAAGAGUAAAUUAGAAGAAUAUUUUCCUGACUACAAAAGGUAUCAAACACCAGUGGACGCGGCGAACGAUGCCAACGAGCCACCGGAGGUAGUAAGAGCCAAGUACUUCAUUCGGGACGAAUUUUUGCGCAUAAGCACAGCAACAGGCGAGGGCAAGCAUUACUGCUAUCCGCAUUUCACGUGCGCUGUCGAUACGGAGAAUAUAAAACGUGUGUUCAACGAUUGUCGAGACAUCAUCCAGCGCAUGCACCUACGUCAAUACGAACUCUUAUAACCGCCCUUUUUUCAACAACAAAAACAUGAAAGAAAACAAACACAAAAAUAAAAACAAAAAAAAUAAUUAUAAUACAAGAGAAAAAAAGAGUAUAUUUAGCUGCUUCUGUCUUCAGCGCUAUUAUCUUUACUAACUAAAACAAAACAAAAAUAAAUAUAAUAUGUAUACAUAGAAUAUAUGUAUAUGUGUAACUACGUACAGCACGUUCAAAGCCAACCUAAGAAUUAAACAGAACAAAAAAAAGUAAUAAGCAACAAUUGAAUGUAAGGUAUUUUCUCUGGAGUAAAUGAAUACUACAUUUAAUUCUACAAACAAUAUAUAUUACAAAAUAUUUCAAGAAAAAACGGAAAGAAGGAAGAAAUAAAAGAGUAUAAAUAUAAAAUAAUACUUAUCUGAUAUAGUGACCUACUAUUUUGUCGUGAUCUCUACUACAUAAAAAAGAUAGAAGAAAAAUAAUUUGUUUAAAUUCAAUUUUUCUUUAUCAAACUUAAACCUCGAAUAUAUAUAUAUAUAUAUAUAUAUUAUAUAUUGCAUGUGUAUAGCGUAAAAUAACACGAACCACGGAAGAGAAGAGAAUAUAUCGAAGAAUUUACGAUGACGCGCGUUCUCGGUUGGUUUUCUGGUAUUUCUGUUAUUGUUUUUGUCUUCUGGUAUAUCGCAGACGAAUUUUCGAAUUUGGCGCUUCCAGGGCGAAACAAUUGCUUGACAUCGCGCUCGAAAUCUAUAGGACCAAAACGAAGACAACGCAUAGUGAUUAUAUUUGAACUUAACGUUUAAGAUUAAUGAUGAUGAUGAUGAUGAAUUCGAUAAUGUUAUUUCGGAAAUACUAAAACAAACCACACACACACACACACACAGCAAAACGAGAAGGGUAACGAUUUAGAAUGGAUGGAAGCUCCAAAUUCGAACUAUCGGAUUGCAUUCUUUUUUUUUAAUACUUGUUUUGUUUCUCUCGGAUUUCUUGAUCUGGAGAUCUGAAAUGUUAUUAUUGUUAUAAUUAUAUGAAUAUAUAAAAAGAGAAAUUC